GAGUGACACCACCACCAGGAACGGGCCUCUCAGCUCUGUGUCUGUCUCCAUUCAGGCUGGAACAAGUCUCCUCAUAAGCUCGGUCCUCCCCCUGGAAUCUGAAGUCUCCUCAACCUUCUCAGUCAGCCUGAGAGGGACAAGUAGAACUGCUGUACAAACUCUGCUAGCAGGCUGCCAGGGUGACCUCACCCUCUCCAGCACCCCCUUCUUGAUGCCAGCUAUGAGUUCCUGCAACUUCACACAUACAACCUUUGUACUUAUUGGUAUCCCAGGAUUAGAAAAAGCCCAUUUUUGGAUCGGCUUCCCCCUGCUUUCAAUGUACGCCGUGGCAGUGUUUGGAAACUGCAUCGUGGUCUUCAUCGUAAGGACAGAGCGCAGCCUACAUGCUCCCAUGUACCUCUUUCUCUGCAUGCUGGCAGCCAUUGACCUGGCCUUGUCCACAUCCACCAUGCCCAAGAUCCUCGCCCUCUUCUGGUUUGAUUCCCGGGAGAUUACCUUUGAUGCCUGCAUUACCCAGAUGUUUUUUAUUCAUGCUCUCUCAGCUAUUGAGUCCACUAUCCUGCUGGCCAUGGCCUUUGACCGUUAUAUAGCCAUCUGCCACCCACUGCGCCAUGCAGCAGUGCUCAACAAUACAGUAACAGCCCAGAUUGGCGUGGUGGCUGUGGUCCGUGGAUCCCUCUUCUUUAUCCCACUGCCUCUGCUCAUCAAGCGGCUGGCCUUCUGCCACUCCAAUGUGCUCUCACACUCCUACUGUGUGCACCAGGAUAUGAUGAAGCUGGCCUAUGCAGACACGUUGCCCAAUGUGAUCUAUGGUCUUACUGCCAUUCUGUUGGUUAUGGGCGUGGAUGUCCUCUUCAUCUCCUUGUCCUAUUUUCUGAUUAUACGAACAGUUCUACAACUGCCUUCCAAGUCAGAGCGGGCCAAGGCUUUUGGAACCUGUGUGUCACACAUCGGUGUGGUGUUAGCCUUCUAUGUUCCUCUCAUUGGCCUCUCAGUGGUACACCGUUUUGGAAACAGCCUUGAUCCCAUUGUGCAUGUUCUCAUGGGUGAUGUUUAUCUACUUCUGCCUCCUGUGAUCAAUCCCAUCAUCUACGGUGCCAAGACCAAACAGAUCAGAACUCGGGUGCUAGCUAUGUUCAAGAUGAGCUAUGACAAGGACCCUCAGGCUGUGGAGAACAGGUGAUCCUUACCACUCCACUUUCCCUUAUCUUUAAUGGCGUGACAUAAGGAUUUCCUAAUGCUAGCUUAAUUCUAGUUGUCUAUAAGCGUAUCGAUGAUUUUCUC